CCGGCGGAAGUAAACAACGAGGUGCUAGCAGCGUAAGCUUCCAGGUUUGCUUGUUCAUCGUCGGUCAGAAGUCUGUUUUUGCUGUAAACUGAAUAUUUCAGCGUCUGCAGCAACAAUAUCUUCGCUUCAUCACCAGAGAGCGACUAACUGCUGAAUAAAUAUUCAGAACCAUCGUCCAGGAGGAGGAAGAGACCGAGCAUCAGCUCAGACUGCUGGAUAGCAGCUGGAGAACCCGAACCGGGUCAGAACCUCCAGCAUCAUGUCUGUUGCUACCUGGGAGGUUCUCGCGGACCACCUUCUCAUACCUGAAAAGAGAAACUCCAUUCUUGACCCCAAGAUACCAGACACUAUAGAAAUAAAAGCAGAACCGGAGGAACCAGGAACACAGCAGAUGAGUGAGCCAAAAGAGGAACCAGAACCUCCUCAGAUUAAAGAGGAAGCAGAGGAAAUGGAAUCAAAGCAAAUGAGUGAGCCAAAAGAAGAACCACAACCUCAACCAAUUAUACAAGAACAUCUUGAACUGCGGAUAUUUCAGGAUGAAGGGCAGCUUUUAGUGAAGCAGGAGACCCACAGCUCUGUGGUGACUCCUGCUAAUGAGCAGACAUGCCACAGUGGACCUGAGCUGCCGCAGAUCGUGGAGUUAAAGGAGGAACUAGGACCUGUACAAAAUAAAGAGGAAGAAGAGGAACCAGAACCUUUUAUGAUUAAAUAUGAACAAGAUGCUCUCUGCAGUAAUCAGGAUGAAGAUCAUGUUAAUAUGAAGCAUAACACUGACAGCGAUAUUAUGGUGACUCUUACUUCUGAGCAAGAUGACAACAGUGAACCAGAACCAAACACACACCAAGUCCUCUUUGCAAACUGUCAUGAAGCUGAGAACCAAAUUAUGCAAAGUAGCAACCAGAAAGAAUCAGGAUCAAGUGGAGAAAACGUUCUGCAGGCAGAGACCAGACAUCAGGACAGUGGAACAAUAGACAGUGUGGACCAUAUGGACAAUUCAAAAGAGAAAAGAAAUAAGGGAGAUUCGGCUUCAUGUGAAAUAUGCGGUAAAUAUUUCCAGACGCGUAACUACUUGCCCGUGCACAUGAGAAUCCACACAGGGGAGAAGCCGUAUCCUUGUGAAGUGUGCGGUAUAUCUUUCAGACACGCAGAUUAUUUAAACAAACAUAAAAGAACUCACACAGAUGAGAAGCCUUAUUCCUGUGAGUUUUGUGACAAACCCUUCAAAAACUGCAGUAAUUUGGCUCGUCACAGAAGAACUCACAAAGGUGAGAAGCCUUAUUCUUGUAAGUUUUGUGAUAAAUCUUUUCGACAAAGUCACCAUUUGACUCGUCACCUGGGAACACACGAAGAAGAGAAGCCUUUUUCAUGUCUGACAUGUGGAAAAGGUUUUAUCUGGAAAUUUGCUUUAACUAUGCACAUGAAAACUCAUACAGGUGAGAAGUCCUUUCCUUGUGAAGUGUGUGAAAAAUCUUUUAAAGCACAUAGCAGUUUGGCUCGUCACCUUAAAACGCAUGAAGAGGAGAAGCCUUUCUUAUGUUUGACCUGUGGAAAGGGUUUCAUCUGGAAAUCUGAUUUAACUUUGCACAUGAGAAGUCAUACAGGUGAGAAACCAUAUCCAUGUGAAGUGUGUGGGAAACAUUUCAUACAAAGUCACGAUUUGACUCGUCACCUUAGAACGCACACAGGGGACAGGCCUUAUUCUUGUAAGUUGUGUGAUAAAUCUUUUCGACAAAGUCACAGCUUGACUCGUCACCUCAGAACUCACACAGACAACAAGCCGUAUUCUUGUGACUUGUGUGAUAAAUCUUUUAGAGAAAAUGCCAAUUUGAUUUGUCAUCUCAGAACACACACAGGUGAAAAGCCUUAUUCUUGUAAGUCGUGUGACAAAUCAUUUCGACAAAAUAGAGAUUUAACUCGUCAUCUUAGAACACACAGCUCAAAUGCCUCAUCCUCGUGACUUUUAUAACAUCUUUUACAAUGACUGCUAGUCGUGGAACGCCACUAUAGAAGUCACACAAGUGAGGAUCCUUAUUUUCUGACAUGUGUAAUCAUUUUUCUAUAGAUCUUGGUACUUUGGCAAGUUGUAAAAUAAUAAAAGGCCACAGUCCUGGGGUCAAUCAUGGGGCCAAAAGGUUUUAUUUUAUACAUCAGAGCUUUUGUUAAUAUAUCAAGACGUCUUCAAAGUGCUCUUUUUGCUGAUGACAUCACUUUGUUCUACUCUUGUAAAAAUUUUACAUGUGUUGGAUGUGAUUAAAAAGCUUAUGAUAAGCAUGAAAACAUAGUUAAAUAUAAAUUAAGAAUAAAUAUUGAAAGAACUAACUAUAUGAUAUUUAGCAGUAGAUAUUGCCAGUGAGGUGUGGGUUGUAUGGUUUUGUUAUUAAGUGUUUGAGAGAGAUAACAUUUCAGGGUGUUAUCAACCACACAGCAGUUGUUCAAACAUUAAAUGAUUAAGUAAUAGAAUGAUGAAGCUUUGUUGAUAUUAUGUAAUUCACUGAUUGUCCCUUAUUUGACUUAUUGUGUAAAAGUUGGGGGGAAUGCUUGUAAAAAAUGUAUUACUUACAUUUACAUUUUUCUAAACAGAAAAAUCAUACAUAGAGGACGGUAGAGACAUCCGAUGAAUCCACUAUUCCUGAAAUUAAAAUGGAUUAAAUUUUA